UAUUUUACAAGACUUUUAGUUUCUCCGAUAUCGUCAUGCGGUACAUUUCGUUGGCUUUUUUACUGUUGCUAGUGUGUCUGGCCCUUAUUUCCCAUUAUGGGACAGAUGCCUCAACCUGUGAACAAUCCGGAAAACGCAUGAGGGACCUUUUAGACUGGGAUGAAGAUGAGGGCUGUAGUCGUAGCUCAUACCCCAAGGUAAUGAGCGAAACAGUGGCAGCCCUUACCGAUAACGUUGAUAAAUCCGAUAAUGCUGACGAAUCCAACGUACCGCAGGAGGGUUUCUUCAGCAAAUUGAGGAGGGCGUUCUUAUUCGUAUACAAAAUUAUUAUGUGGUAUGUGAAUUUGACUAGGGAAUAAAUGUAAAUGAUGUGGCAUGGCUGCUAACAAAGCCAA